UUAGUAAAGUUCUUAUACUAUUAUUAUUAAUAUGUAUUUAUUAUAAUUGUACCUAUUAUUUUUACAUAUUUUUAAUAAUUAAUCCAUCGGUUAAGCCCUGCAGACGACGCACCUCUGUGAAUCACCACGGCACCACCUCAUUGCUGUCGUUCGCGAUUCCUGUUCUCCGACUCCUUUCCAUCUCUUCUUCUCAGAAGAUCGGUGUCUUUUAGAGUUUCACGAUCAUCACUGAAUCCCGAUUAAAUUGAGAAGAUCGUUUGAUUCCAAAUUUAAGGUCAAGACGCUACACUAAAAGAAGGGAACAAACCAGUUGCCUAGUGGCCCAAUUCCUGUGUUCCUGAUCUCAAUCAUGGCAGCAGUAGCACCAACAGUUUCUCAGCUAUCGUGCUUCUCUUCAAUCAACCGUAAUCUGCGACUCCAUCUUCGAUUCUCUCCUCUCUCUACUCGCUCCAAGUUAUUGAUUGUUAUGAAUCUUGAAGGAGCUCGAGAUACAGAGAGUUCCAGUUCAAAGGUCAAAACUAGGGUUAGUUAUGCAGCUGACGAAUCAAAACCAUACGUGGAAGGGCCUGCAAAGCCUUAUGUAGAAGCAAAAGGAAUUACUGAUUCAGUCAAGGUAUAUGGCACAGCAAAAAUCCAUGACUUCUGUUUUGGGAUUCCUUAUGGUGGUCUUGUUCUAAGUGGGGGCCUUCUAGGUUUUGUAUUGUCUAGAAAUCCUACGAUCCUGAGCACAGGUGUUUUAUUUGGAGGUGCUUUGCUAGCCCUUAGCAUCUUUAGCUUGAAGAUAUGGAGGCAAGGAAAAUCUAGUAUGCCAUUUGUGCUAGGACAAGCUGUACUCUCAGCAGCCCUUUUGUGGAAGAACUUUCAGGCAUAUUUAUUGGUUGGUGAUCACAUCAAGAUGAUAUUGUUCUCUCCACUAGCUAUUUCUUUUUUAUUUUAAUUUUUCUUUAAUAUCUAACUGUAUUGUGCUGUGCGAAUACAGACAAAGAAACCAAUUCCAACAGGGUUUGAUGUUGUUAUCAGGUACUUUUUGUGGUUGCUGAUACUUUCUAUUCAUCGAAAUUGCUAAGCGUUUGCUUGGACUUAGCUAAACAUUUUAUUUUGUUUGUUUUCAUUUAAUGCAGUGCUGCAAUGCUAUGCUUCUAUUGAUAUGUGAUGUUAUUUCGUUUGUUUUCAUUUAAUGCAGUGCUGCAAUGCUAUGCUUCUAUUCAUAUGUGAUGAUCUCUGGAGGAAACCCACCACCAAAAAAGUUGCAUUCUUCAACUGUUUUGUCAUGAUGAGAAUUCAGAAAGGUCAGAUUAUAAAUUUAAUGAUGGAACUUUUUGUGAUUAUAGGAGAAUGAGUUGCAUUCUUCAACUGUUAUGUCAUGAUGAGAAUUCAGAAAGGUCAGAUUAUAAAUUUAAUGAUGUAAUUUUUUGUGAUUAUAGGAGAAUGAGGCUGCACUGUUUACUUA